AUGCCUCCCAUGUUAGCGUACAGGUUUCUGCGGAAGAUAUCAGAUUGGACUCUGGAGGGCUUCUACUCGGAUGUACACGUUAGUGGGCGUGAACAUGUUCCCGAAGAAGGCCCGCUCAUCAUCGCGGCCACCCACCAUAAUGAGAUUAUCGACAUUGCUGCCCUCUCUGCCACCAUCCCCCACCGCCGACAGGUCCGCUUCUGGGCAAAGUCCACGAUGUUCAAGAACAUCUUCGCUCGUGAACUGCUCACGUCUGCGGGUAGCAUACCCGUGCAGCGGAACCCCGACAGCGCGUCGACUGGGCCGGGUAGCAACGGCCACGGCCCCGGCGGUGGUGGGAAGGCGGGGAUGUCGCAGGCCGCGCUGUUCCGCGACACGUCGGCGGCGCUCGCUGCGGGGUCGGUGGUAGGGGUGUUCCCUGAGGGGACGAGUUACUCGGAGCCUCGGAUUGUGCAGGUGAAGGACGGGGCGGCGUGGGCGGCAGUGGAGUAUGCGAAGGCGGUGAGGAGGGGGGAGGUAAGGGAGGGCAGGGAGCUGGUGGUUGUGCCGGCUGCGGUGGUGUAUACGGAUAAGUCGCAGUAUCAGAGUCGGGUGUGCGUGAGGUACGGGGAACCUAUUCCCAUCAGUCGGUACGUGGAAGGUCUAAAAGAGGAGGACGAGGAGGCCACGAGGGCAGUUGUCAAAGGGGUGUCUGCUGAGAUUGAGAGACGACUCAGAGCCUUAACGAUUAACGCGGAGGACUGGGACACGCUGAGUGCGGCUGCGGCUGCAAGAGAGCUUUUCUUUCCCAAACCUCUCUCAUUAGGCCUCGAUAACUAUGUGGACGUUUCUCAAAGUCUCGUGGAUACACUCACAGAUUCUACGGCGACUUCCGAGGCAGGUCAAACGGCUAAGGGAUCUCUAGUACGUUAUCUGGCCUUGCAACGUUACACGGGCAUCUCGAGCACCACACUUGAGUCUCUUUUUCCGUCCCCCCUUUCUGUCGCGAUGGGUUCGUCAUCUUCGUCGAAGCCGCCUGGAGUAACGGAAGCUCUCAGAACGUUCUUCUAUCAGCUCGUGGCCACCCUCCUUCAUCCACGAGCGCUCUUGUUUUUCCCCAUGUUUGCUGUCCACGCACCGGGGUACCUCACUGGUUGGAUCGCAUCCUACUUUCUGUCGCCAAGGACCGAGGAAGAGUCGAAAACUCAAUUUAAGGCGAUCUUUGGCGGGCUCGGUCUGGCUGCUAGCUACAGCGCGGUCACUCGCCUCGCGUGGAAGUUCGUGAACCAGCCUUUCGCGUACCUGGACAGGCUCGUCCGAAGGGAUGCUCUGCCGAAUAGCUUGAUCGAGUUUCUACAGCACCUUGCCGCAUAUCUUCAUUCGAGCGACGACUGGAUCAUUAAGCUUCUUAAACGUUCGGUUGCGUUUGUGCUGCUCGGUUGCGGGACGACUCGACUUCUGUGGAGCUGGCAUAAUCUCUUCGUCAUGUUGGGUGUGACGUCGCCGACAAGGACCGACGCUACCCAGGAAGAAUUGAAGCGCUACUCACGACCAAAGCCGCCGCUGGCUAAUCCGUUUAUCAAGUCUCACUCGCCAGUCAGCAGACGGCUGGCCGCGGGAGGAGCCGAGAUUGACGCUAAAUCUAUCCCAACCUCUAUUCCAAGCACGAGCAAAUUUAUCAGACCGCUCUUCGCUGCCAGAGAAGAAGCCCAGACGUCUCUGAGACGUUACAUCACCGAGUUGUCGGCUUCUGAGGCGGGCCACGAGGUGAUUGCGAAGCUGAGGAGCGGCGGAGGUAAUCUAUGA